AUGCCGUUGUCAGAGACCGGAGUGCAGAUCAACGACUGUCUUCAAAAUUUAAAGUCAGGCGAACACAUUGUAAUAACAAAACCCGACAAAGGAAGGGGCAUAGUCUUACUAAACAGAACUGAUUCCUUGGACAAAAUCUCCUCUAUACUUUCUGACUCGUCAAAAGUCAAAGUGUUAAAUGUUGACCUCGCCACUCACCUCUUAAAACUAGAGGGCAAACUAAAUAGAAUCACAAGACCUUUAAAAACUAUCCUCGAUGAAGCCACAUAUCAGUCUAUCCUUGCAUCUGGCUCUCGUCCUGGUUUUAUGUAUGGUCUCCCGAAAGUGCACAAACCUGGAAUUCCUCUCAGACCCAUCAUUUCAUCUAUCGGCACUUUCAGUUACAACCUGGCUAAAUUCAUUGUACAAAUCAUUCAGCCUCUAACAUUUAAUGAAUACACAGUAUCCAACUCAUCUGACUUUGUAAAUGAAAUCAGUCAAUUAAGAGUUGAUAACACCACAACUAUGGGUAGUUUUGACGUCGAGUCAUUGUUUACAAAUGUGCCUCUUACUGAAACCACACAUAUCAUCACAAAUAAUACACCAGCUGAAUCCCUUUCACAAUUUGGUUUAGAAAAGAAACGGUUAAAUUCUCUUUUAAACAUAGUCACAAAAGAUUCUGUAUUUACUUUUGACAAAUGUUUGUGUACUCAGAUUGAUGGAGUUGCUAUGGGUUCCCCCAUUGGCUAA